AUGUGCGAAGCAGAAGGCAGUAUCCUCAAGGUUGAUGUAUUUCGUACCCGUCAUCAAGCCAGUAUGGUGACUUGUACCGUAUCUUACUGGAUAUGUCAGAUCAUGAAGGGGUGCAAGAAAAACCACUUUGUCAAAACCAUGGCUCUACCUGCGUUCAAAUCUGUCAUAAAGGCCCUCGAAAAGGAAUGUGAUAUAGUCGCCGGCCGCAUCAAAUCUCAGCUACAAGAAAUGAAUUCUCCUGGGACGCCUUCGAAACACCGUACUCGCCCUUCUACCCCGCCACAGAAGUCUCCAUACAAGUCCGCCAUGAAAGCCAAAACACAGGAUGUCACGCCAGCAAAGGCCCUCACUAAAGCUACCGACGAUGAUCUCGGUGACACCCCGUUGCCUGAGAUCCCAACUGAAAGACGUCGGGUUGAGUCACCUUACCAACGUGGCGCAAGCGUUUCACCAACAAAACGCACAAUAGUGCCACAGAGUACCGCACCUUCAAUAACUGCAUUUGAGCAGGCUGUCAGGGAAGAUUCUACCCCACGCCACGAACAGCAAAAGUUUGUGUUAUCCAUUGCCAUAUUUAGUGACUUACUUUCCCCAUUGCCUGGCCCUUCCACCCCGUGGUACUUGCAAAGCCAACCUUCUAGACCAGUUGAAGAGUCAGCCGCCGUGGCAGUCGAUGGACAGCCAUUGGAGCCCUCCUAG